AUUUUAACGGUGAAGAUUAAAUCGCAGCAUCCGUGGACGGCUAACUACGAGGGAAGAAAUGAGAACUGUAUCUGUUGAUUCUAGAUUUCUAAAUACACACUCGUCCAUGGCGGAAUAGUACACAGGCUUUUCAUCACCAGCUAAAACGGCGACGUUUCAACAUCUAGCUUCUUUCUCUGCCAGAUUCAGUUCUUCUCGGAGUUCUUGCCUGAUCUCGGAACCCUAGGGGGACCGUUUUCUUCGGAAGAUACUGGCAGAGAUCUGGUUGAACUGACUGCCACAUAAAUAUCAAUUGAAGAGUUUAUGUAAGAGCAUUCGGGAGUGGGCUUCCCAACGUAUCUGGUGAUAAUCAAGGCAGGCUCCGCUAGACAUCAAAUAAUCAGUUGCCAACUUGGGUGAAACUGUUAACUCUGCAGAGAUCAUCAUCCAUUGUAUUCUUAAAUGGUCUUCUAGUUAGAAAUUUGCUUAGUAGAUCCUAGCUUGAGCCAUGCAAACACUGUGUAGAAUGGUAUGCAGUUGGAAGAAAUAUCAUGCAUUUUUACCCCAGUCUCCUUUUCCAACACCCUGCUCACAUUUUCUUUGAGAACACUAGGUAGAAAGGGCAUUUUAUGCCGUGGCAUAAGAAGAAACCAUGGAAGGAAGCUCAGAGAAAAAGUUCCCUGUUAAUGCCAAGGAUUAUGAAUUAUAUGAGGAAGUUGGAGAAGGUGUGAGUGCCAUUGUGUACAGAGCUCUGUGCAUUCCACUUAAUGAGAUAGUUGCAAUCAAGGUUCUUGAUCUGGAAAGGUGUAAUAAUGACCUGGAUGGCAUCCGCAGAGAGGUGCAGACAAUGAUCUUGAUUAACCAUCCGAAUUUACUCCGGGCACACUGCUCAUUCACUACUGGUCAUAACCUGUGGGUUGUGAUGCCAUACAUGGCUGGUGGAUCUUGCCUUCAUAUAAUGAAAUCAGCUUUCCCUGAAGGUUUUGAAGAGCCUGUGAUUGCCACAUUACUGCGUGAAGUCCUGAAAGCACUUGUAUAUCUUCAUUCACAUGGACAUAUCCACAGAGAUGUAAAGGCUGGGAACAUAUUAGUUGAUACCAAUGGUGCAGUCAAGUUAGCUGAUUUUGGAGUAUCUGCUUGUAUGUUUGAUACUGGUGACAGGCAAAGAUCAAGAAAUACUUUCGUUGGAACGCCCUGCUGGAUGGCUCCGGAAGUUAUGCAGCAACUGCAUGGGUAUGAUUUCAAAGCAGAUAUUUGGUCCUUCGGGAUAACAGCACUUGAACUUGCUCAUGGCCAUGCACCAUUUUCUAAGUACCCACCAAUGAAGGUUCUGCUCAUGACCCUGCAAAAUGCACCACCAGGUCUGGACUAUGAAAGGGACAGAAGAUUCUCCAAGUCUUUCAAGGAAAUGGUUGCUGCUUGCUUAGUGAAGGAUCCAAAGAAGCGUCCCUCCUCAGAAAAACUUUUGAAACACCCUUUCUUUAACCGUGGACGUUCAAGUGAAUAUUUGGCCCGCAACAUCCUCAACGGCCUCCCCCCUUUAGGUGAUCGUUUUAGGGUGCUUAAGACCAGAGAAUCAGAAGUUCUUGUACAGAACAAGGCAUUAUAUGAAGACAAGGAACACUUAUCACAGCAAGAAUACAUUCGUGGAAUCAGUGCAUGGAAUUUCAAUCUUGAGGACUUGAAGAACCAAGCUGCUCUUAUACCGGAUGAUGAAAUUUCUAGUAAUGAAGGGUCAACUGGAAGCAGGACUCGAAAGGAUAGGCAUAAUGAUGUUGGCUCUCCAACAGAGAGGCUGUCCUCCAAGAUGGCUAAUCACUCAAAUAAUAUGUCACCUGAGGAUGGUCUAAGCAACAUUAAUGAUUUGGAGAACUCACUUGCAGGGUUUCCCAUUAAACCCCUUCAGGCACUCAAGGGCUGUUUUGAUGUUUGCAAGGAUGAAAUGGAUGCUGGUAGUCCAAACUGGAAAGAUGUUAUUCCUUCAAAUUCUGAACAACAGAAUGCUUUGCAGCCAUUGACCAAUGCUAGGGACCAUGAAAGUGGUGGAAAAGAUAAUGAGAAUCUGGGACAAAACAGCUCCUUAGCAUGCUCUAUUAGUCCAGGGUGUAAAAAGUUUUUGAGUGGUUCACUAUCGCCUAAAAAGGGAACAAUUGAUGGAGAGAGGGAGUCUCUACAGCCUAGAUAUCAAUCUGAGCGAAAUUACAGUGGUCCACUGCAGUAUCACCACAAGAAAGAAAUUGGGGAAGAUCCAUCUGAAGGAGCUGUUAUCCAACGCAGGGGACGUUUCAAAGUCACUUCUGCGGAUUUGAGUCCAAAGGGUCCUACAAACUGUUUCUUUAACCCUGCUUCGGGUCCUAUGGCUGCUGCAGUUCUACCAUCAUUGCAAUACAUGUUGCAGCAAAAUAUGUUGCAAAGAGACGAAAUCAUUAAAUUGAUAAAGUAUGUGGAGCAAACAUCUGUCAAUUCUAUCGACACUGGUGAGCCUGGAAGUAAUGGGCUUUCUCAGGCACUUCCUACUUCUGCAAGAGAGAAAGAUCUACUGUCCCUGGUGAUUCAAUUGCAACAAAGCAUUGGGAGCCUGGCUGAAGAGUUGCAACUACUUAAGAUGAAAAAUGCUCAGAUGGAAAAGAAAUUGAAUGCAAUCCUCGGAAAAGAGGAUAAAGAAUGAAAUGGUGUAAGUCGUUAUGGUGGGGUUCUGCUUCUGUUCAUUUCAUGAUGUUAGAGUUUGUAUCUGUUACAAUUCAUUGGGUAGUCAAUCAUAUUUUGUGUAUCAUAUUUAUUAUGUAAAGCUAUUGCCAAAAUUUUGAAUUGGUCUAACUCAUAGUAUAUUGCACCAUAUUCUGCCAUUAUGUUGUAAUUUAGUGACGCCAUAUAUUGUAAUUAAUAAUUAAAGUUACUUUAUAUGUUGUAACUUUAUUGUCGUCAAA